AGAUUGUGCGUUUUUGCAACCAACGCUAAAUUUCAAUGCCGAUGGCCGAGGUGCCGACUUUCAAGGACAGAACUGGAUGAUGCCCAGGUCUCGCCAGCAUUUUUGCGAUAAUUAUCACAGCACCAAGCACCUAAUUUGACAUCUUGAACCGAAAGCGAAUGUGGUCCCGGGUCCUUGCACCCGGACUUGGCUCCGGGUGACGCCGUUGAGAGGUGAGCCACUCGUUUUGCUCAAGCUUUGCUUGUCCAGGGGGGGUGCCGAUCUGGAAAAUGGAAGGUUCCUCGGUUUCGCUAAUCGCCAAGUCCGAGGAUUGGACCCCGGAAAGUCGGGCUGCUGGCUGUCCCGUUGACGGAUGCGCUCCAUCUGGGGGCCAUGUUUGGAAUACAAAUAGAAAGACCAGUGCAUGCCCGGUCCGAGAUGGAUCUGGUCUUUAGCAGCCAAGAACCGUUCCCAGAUCCCCGGUGACCGUCCGACGACACAGGUCCACCAUGGCCGAUCCCUCACUAUCACAGACGGCCUUCACCGACAGGACAAAGCGCUCCGACGUCGACCUCGAGAAGGGCGUCUACGAAGUAAACUCGGAUCUUGAAGCCGCCACCAUCGUGCUCGACGCCGAGUCGGAGCCCGCCGGCCGGGAUGGCGCUGUUGGCGACAAGGGGGAUGCCGAGAGCAACGACCCCAACGUUGUUAGCUGGGACGGCCCUGAUGACCCCACAAACCCCAUGAACUGGACCAUGCGCAAGAAAUGGAGCAACGUCGCUGUGCUUUCCGUCUUGACUAUCAUUACACCCCUCGGCUCGUCCAUGUUCGCCCCUGGAAUCCCCCGCAUCUUGGAGGAGUUCCACGAAACGUCGUCCGUCACCGCCACCUUCCUCUUGUCCAUCUACAUCCUCGGUUUCGCCUUUGGGCCCCUCAUCGUCGCCCCGAUGAGUGAAAUCCACGGCCGCUCCCUGCUCUACAACAUCGGCAAUGUCUUCUUCACCAUCUUCACCAUCUGCACGGCCCUCAGCAACAGCAUCGGCAUGCUGAUGGCUUUCCGCUUCCUCAUGGGCGUCGCCGGUUCCGUGCCCAUCACCAUCGGUAGCGGCAGCAUCGCCGACAUGAUGCCCGUCGAGAUGCGCGGGAGGGCUAUGGCCGCCUGGGCUCUUGGCCCCCUGCUUGGCCCCUGCAUCGGCCCCGUCGCCGGCGGCUACCUGAUCCGCGCUGCCGGGUGGCGAUGGGUGUACUGGCUCAUCGCCAUCAUAGCAGGCAUCAUCACCGUCUUCACCUACUUCACCCUGAAGGAGUCCUACGCACCCGUCAUCCUGGAGAAGAAGGCGAGGCGCUUGAGAAAGGAGACGGGCAAUGAGAAGCUACGGAGCGCCCUCGCCGGCAAUGCUACGACCCCGGCCGAGAAGCUCAAGGCGGCCAUCGUCCGGCCCUUGAAGCUGCUAUUUCGCGCCCCGAUUGUCACCGCCAUGUCUCUCUAUGUUGCCAUCACCUACGGCAUCUUGUACCUCCUCUUCUCGACCUUCAGCAUCGUGUUCCCUCGCUACUAUGGGUUCGGCGAGGGUGAGAGCGGCCUCGUCUUUAUCCCCUCCGCGAUCGGCAUGGCCCUAGGCAUUGGUAUCUUCGGCGCCCUCUCGGACAGGCUGGUCAAGAGCAAGCUCGACAAAGGCGAGCGCCAUCGCCCCGAAGUCAGACUUACGCCGUGGUUCACCAUCCCAGCCGGCCUUGCUAUUCCCAUCGGCCUGUUUAUCUACGGCUGGACGAUCCAGUACCACGUGCACUGGAUUGUGCCCAUGGUUGGUGUUGUCAUCUUUGCCUUUGGCCUCAUGGGUGUCAUGAUGUGCGUCCAGAAUUAUUUGUUGGAUGUUUACCCCCGCGCGGCUGCCUCCGUCACCGCCGCGCUAGCUGUCCUUCGGUCAUUGGCGGGCGCCCUCCUCCCUCUCUGCGCCAUCGACAUGUAUAAUACCCUUGACAUGGGCUGGGGCAACUCUCUGUUGGGGUUCCUUUCGCUUGCCCUCGUGCCCAUCCCGCUGCUGUUCUACGUCUUUGGGGCGCGCCUUGUCAAGAGGUUCGAGCUAAAGCUGUAAUAUCGUUUGUUUUUUGGGUUGGCAUAAACUUUGCAUCUUAGCGCAUUAGCCACGGAGUUGGUGGUUUGGGAAAAACGAGUCUUUUUUUGGCAUAGAGAUACCAGUAUAUAUAUAGAUGGAGCGGUAAUGACAGUUUUAGCAAUCUCCUGGG